AUGUGGGUGCACAGGCGCUUACUCUACCGAAUUAGGAAGGCGAAUAAGAUGGACUUCAACAUCGCUGUCUUAUUCGACCGCUUCAAGUCGACCACGGAUGUUGCGUGUCGGCUUGUUUGUUCAUGGAUUGGUCCGAGGCGAGUUGCCUUUCGCUCCAUCUUUGAUAUGUUUGACCUGAUUGUGAGAGGUGCAGGGGAAGCCAUUGACAGGGUCCAGGGCACUCGGCAGAUACAUUUGCUGUUGGCCUGCUUUGGUCUGUGGACAAAGCUUUCCAGCUUCGACUCAUGGACUUCGUCUGUUCGUACUCUACUUAUGGCCCAACUUCGCCCAAGCGACAUCUGGCCCAGGAAUCCCGACAUCUACGAAGGGGGUAACACGUACUUCUCUAAACAUACCGUGAAUUUUGACGCGGUUGCACUUGAGUUCGAAGAUAUCGGCGCACUUCGGGAUCGGUGCCAUACGCUUGUUCACACCGUAGCUAUUCUCAUGGCUAGAAUCAUGGAACGCGACUCUCGUAUCAGCCGUCUUGAAAGGGACCUCUCUGCAGCAAGGUCCAAACAAACCAUACUUGAAGGAGAAAAGACGCUGUUGCACCGGGAGCGCCUUGCCGUGAUAAAUUACGUCCAGCGUCAGAAGGACGUCCUAGCAACCACGAGGCAGCAUGUCCGGAACCUUCUCGUCGGCACCCUGAUACUCUGGCGAUAUAGCUGCACCUUGUCUGGUCUACUCUCUAAGGCGCUGCUAGACCUGCAAUCGUCAACCCGUACUCUGGAGACUCUUAAUGAUGAGCGUGAACGUGCCGUGCUUCGAGACAACACGCAGACGGCGGCUAUCAGUGCUCUUGAGACCCGCAUACAGAAACUGGAGAUAUCCUGCGAUAUUCGGACAGCGGAUGCUAAACAGUGGUUCUCCAUAUGUCGCUUCGUGCUCUCAACUCACUUCGUCAAGAUGGAUGAGGCUAUUUUAGCUCAAACGCGCUCUAAGCAGACUAUGGCUGGACUCUUGACUCUCAUGCGACUUCUCUGGCGGUAUCUCCUUAUCCUAAGGCAGCAAGCAGCGGAGGCAGAAGCUGCUCAGUCGCUGCGUAAGGAGAACGCUCACCUCGAAGAGUUAUUAAUCAAGCGUAAUGCCAACAUGCUCGUGCUCAUGCGUUACAAGGAUAGCUGCCAACGUAGGAUGGAGUGCCUUCUUGUCUGCUUGCUCGUUCUAUGGCGCUACACUCGGGUUCUCGGGCGACAGCUCGCGCAGGCCCAAGUCCGGCUGCUUGCAUGUCCUGUUCUGUGCAAGCCCAACACUCUGGGGCUCGAGUAUUACUACGCGGCAUUUAGCCCUGGUGGCCUCUUACAAGUCACAGCAGGGACGGACGGCGCUCCGUCUUCUCCCUACCCAUCCCGAGGACCCGUGCACGAUAAUGACGAUAUCGAUCUAUCCAACCGUCACCUGCAGGAACUUUCCGGACAGCAAAGGCUCGCCAUUCGCUUCGCGCAGAUGCACACCGCGUACUCAUCGGUCGCAGCGCAGCGCGAUGAGGUUUGGGCGGCGCUGCAGAAGGCGGAGGCCACUGUGGAACAGCUCCGAGAGGAUCAGCGGAACACCACCCUUGCGUUGGCAGUACUCCACAAGUCGACGGUCAAGCUGACUGAUGUGCGCGCCGUGAAAAUGGCUCUCAGGCCAGCAGAGCCCCAAUAUGCAUCCAGUCGACGGUUGACAGCGGAGGAACUAUUUGCCAUCGAGGCGAAGAUCAGCGAGGUGUUGUCGCAGUACGCUCAGAGGGACGGCACCGCGGGUCCUGUACAUGACGUGCACCGGCUGACGGCCGCCGAUACCAGUAUGGGACAGCAUUUGACUUUGUCGGCAAACCUACAGCAUGAUGCUUUCUCAUGGUCUCCACAUCCUGAGCCUGCCGCAACCAGCCAAAGUCCCGUUCAGCGGGAAAAAGAGAUUGCGAAGACGAGAGCACCCUGGCCGCACACUUGGAAUGCUGAUACGUUGCUAUACACCCCGACGCCUGCCGCGGAUGCAGACGAGGACCGGAGCUGCGCGCCAGAUGAUCUCGAGACUAGUAUGCAAGAGCUUGCCGAUCAGCUUCAGCUGCUUGACUUCUACGACGAGGAAGAAGAGCUUGCAGACGAAGGCGUUACUAGCCGCGAAGUGACGAUGCGAAGCCCUCCUGCUGAGACCCGCGUUCACAGCCUCGUGCGUCCGCUGUUUUCGGUCCCCGCCUUCAAGCCGGAGUUCCUUGCGCAGCCUGUCCCGUUCACCCCUCACGCGAGCUGGUACCAGAGCCAGUCUUUCUUCGGAAACAUAGGAGGGCAGGCCGCCCCCUUGCGCAGCGGCCCUUCCAACGCACAUGAGAGAAAGACCUCACGGCUGCCCCUCGAGGCUUUUGCUGAAAUCAAAGCUGAGAUACCGAGAACGGCAAACCACGGCACCAUGUCUUCCAUUGGUCCUGCGAGAACAGCGAACAUAUGCAUGCGUACAGAAGCCGGACGGUCAACAGGAUCGAGUUGCCAUAAUCAGCUCACGUACAGCAGCACCAUCGCACGUCUCGGGGCCAGUACCGCUGAUAACGAUCGAGAACACCCGCAGCCACAGAUUUCCAUCGGUGUGAUCCGUGCGCGGGCCCCCUCAACUCUUGUGCAGGCAGACCCCAUCCGGACGGGUGUGGCCGUGCAUCCGGGCAUCUCUUUCCUGUGGCGAACCGGUAACUCAGGGCCCCAGGGCGCCGGGGCGGACGCAGAGACGUGCUACCACAAGUGCGAGCCUGUGAACGAGAACGUAAGCCAAGGCGAGGCCGUGAGAGCGCGCGAGGCCAUCACCCCGCGCGGUCGGCUGACGAUCCGUGACCCACAAGGAGCGCCGAGGAGACGUCAAGGACGGCCGUGGCAAUGGAGGAGAUAUCAGGACGAGCUUCCUGCAGGCUGGAGAGAGGGGGCGGCGGUAUAUCGAGCGUUGACGACGACGAGGGAGAUGGGUGCCUGGACACUGGACGCUGGCGUCGAUGUGCGGUCGUGA